AUGGUCAAAGCAAUCAGAGGCACGCUCGUCAAGUGCGACGCAUCCAUCAAAGCCAUGCUGGUCGACAUUGACAGCAAGAACAACAACGAAUAUAUCAUCGAAGAACUCGACGAGGAGCACAUACUAGUCAAGGAAACGCGUAUCAACGAGCUCAAAGCGCGUCUGAAUCAGAUGAUGAGGGAGCGCCUGAAGGAGCCAGAGAGUUCAGACUCCGAGUAG